GAAGCCCGGAAGGCGGCAGCCGACACCACUCUUGCUCAAGCCGCCGCCAAUGUCGAACCAGUUGGUCGGAUACAAAUGCGUACUCGACGCACCCUUCGUGGACAUUUGGCAAAGAUAUACGCAAUGCACUGGAGUACAGAUUCAAGAAAUCUUGUCUCAGCUUCGCAAGAUGGAAAGCUUAUUGUGUGGGACGGCUAUACAACCAACAAGGUUCAUGCUAUCCCGUUGCGAAGCAGUUGGGUUAUGACUUGUGCCUAUGCACCCUCCGGAAACUAUGUCGCAUGUGGUGGUCUUGACAACAUUUGUUCGAUUUACAAUCUGAAAACCCGAGAGGGUAACGUACGUGUCAGUCGGGAACUUCCGGGACACACAGGCUAUCUGUCAUGCUGUCGUUUCAUUGAUGAUAGUCAGAUUGUGACCAGUUCGGGUGAUGUAACUUGUGGAUUAUGGGAUAUUGAAACCGGUCAACAGAUUGCCAAUUUCACCGGCCACACCGGCGAUGUGAUGAGUCUCAGUCUAGCUCCUGACAAUCGCACCUUCGUCUCAGGUGCAUGUGAUGCUUCAGCAAAA